GACAGAUCACAUCAUCUUCAAGAACAACCUUGUUAGCUUUCUUUUUCAGAAGAAAAAGGACUCUCGUGAGGCCAGUUGCAGUGCCCUUUGUUUUACCUCAGUGAAGAGUCCAGUUUUCUCUCACCAGCACCAUGCCACCUCAGCUGCAAUCCCAGGACAAGUCUUACCCCCAGGUUCUGCAGGGAGAUCUGGGCUCCCUUAGUCCAGCUCUUAGAGAAUUCAUUGAAAGCAGCAUGAGCCUGUGCCAGCCAGAUUCCCUCCACAUUUGUGAUGGCUCAGAGGAGGAAAACAAAGCAAUUUUGGCCCAGCUGCAAGAGCAAAGCAUGAUUAAGAAGUUAACUAAAUACGAGAACUGCUGGUUGGCACGUACUGAUCCUUGUGAUGUAGCUCGUGUGGAGAGCAGGACUGUGAUUGUAACUCAGAAAAAAUGUGAAACAGUUCCCUCACCCUGUGGAGGUGGCAUCAGCCAGCUAGGACGAUGGAUGUCAGAGAAGGAGUGGGACAAAGCCUUGAAUGAAAGAUUCCCUGGCUGCAUGAAAGGUCGUACUAUGUAUGUAAUCCCCUUCAGCAUGGGCCCGGUUGGCUCCCCCCUCUCUAAAAUUGGAGUAGAACUGACAGAUUCAGCUUACGUUGUAGUUAGUAUGAGGGUGAUGACCCGAAUGGGAAAAUCUGUACUGAAUACACUUGGGAAUGGAGAUUUUGUCCGCUGCCUACAUACGGUUGGCUGCCCACUGCCUCUCAAGAAACCCCUUGUGAACAACUGGCCGUGUAAUCCUGAGCUUACUUUGAUCGCUCAUAUCCCUGAUCAAAGGAAGAUUAUGUCCUUUGGCAGUGGGUAUGGGGGAAACUCAUUGCUUGGAAAGAAAUGUUUUGCUCUUCGUAUCGCCUCUCGCAUGGCAAAAGAAGAAGGCUGGCUUGCUGAACACAUGCUUAUCCUUGGGAUCACUAACCCUGCUGGUAAUAAGAGGUACAUUGCAGCUGCAUUCCCAAGUGCUUGUGGGAAGACCAACCUGGCCAUGCUGAGCCCCACCCUGCCUGGAUGGAAGGUUGAAUGUGUGGGAGAUGACAUUGCCUGGAUGAAAUUUGACGAAGAAGGUCAUCUUAGAGCCAUCAACCCAGAGAAUGGCUUUUUUGGUGUUGCUCCAGGAACAUCUACCAAAAGUAACCCUAAUGCAAUGAAAACCAUAUGUAGAAACACCAUAUUCACAAAUGUAGCAGAGACAAGUGACGGGGGAGUAUACUGGGAGGGCAUGGACCAGAAACCACCAGAAGGAGUGACCAUCACCUCAUGGAAGAACAAACCAUGGAUACCAAAAGAUGGUGAACCUAGUGCUCAUCCCAACUCCCGAUUUUGCACUCCAGCUUGUCAGUGCCCUAUCAUUGACCCACAGUGGGAGUCUCCUAAGGGUGUACCGAUUGAGGCCAUCAUUUUUGGGGGACGGAGGCCAGAGGGUGUGCCACUGGUUUAUGAGUCAUUCAGCUGGGCACAUGGAGUCUUUGUAGGUGCCACAAUGAGAUCUGAGGCCACAGCAGCAGCUGAACACAAAAGGUGCACAGACAAGGUGAUCAUGCAUGACCCCUUUGCUAUGCGGCCAUUCUUUGGCUACAAUUUUGGCCAUUAUCUCGCUCACUGGUUGAGCAUAGAACAGCGACCAAACACCAAACUUCCCAAGAUCUUCCAUGUUAACUGGUUCCGCAAGUCUUCCUCUGGAAGAUACCUUUGGCCUGGCUAUGGAGAAAACAUCCGCGUCCUAGAGUGGAUCUUCCGCAGAAUGAAUGGUGAGGCUGGGGUAAUGCCCUCUGCAGUGGGCUACCUCCCUGGUAAUGGCUCCCUAAACUUGAGUGGUCUAAAAGAGAGUGUAAAUCUGGAUGAGCUCUUUGACAUCUCCAGAGAAUUCUGGGAGAAGGAAGUUCAAGAUAUUAGGAUGUACUUUGAUCAAGAGGUAAACAACGAUUUGCCAACAGAGAUAGACAGACAGCUAGAAAUGCUUACACAAAGAGUAAGACAGCUGUGAGAAAUUAUGGGCUGAAGAGAAAUAUGGAAGAAAAGGAGAAUUAGAGGAGAAAGAAGAAAGUUGGGAUUUAACAAGUUUUGCAAACAGUCAAAAAAGGUAUCUGAUGCAGAACUUACAUUAUUUAAAUAUUUAUGGUUUCAGUAUAUGUGCAGUUUAAGAGUGGGAGAAAGGAAAUAUAAUUUUAAUAAAUAAUUUCUCCCAGAUGAUCCUCUCUGUAAUUUAUUACUAAGGCAUAAUACUUUCCAUAUAUUAUAAAAUAUAGUGUUAUUUAAUAUUUUAUGUUAUUGACAACAUUCUUAGUCAUUUCUAGCUCUACAUUUAUGCAUUUAUGUAGGCUUGUAGUUACACUGCAACUUUAGUACAAAUGUUAUACCUUCAUACCACAUGUUGAGUUGUCUUAUGUUUUUAGUAGCUUUUGAGUUUUCUAGAUGUCUUGAAUUAUUUUUAUAUUUCUUCAAACUUUAUUGUUUGUUCCAAAACAGAGUGUGAACACUCUGUGAAUGUAUUCUAUUUAAAAAAUUAUAAUAAAAAAGUAUAAUUCAAAUAAAUUUCAGUAGACCUAAUAACAUAGCCCAUUAGGUUCAGUUGACACAAAGAUAUGAUUGCUUUUUUAAAUGGAUUCAUGUAGAAUGUCAUAAAAAAUAUUUUUUACUUUCUGGCUGAGAUAAAUAUUGUGAAAUUCACUGUAGCUCAUUUAUACAAAAAUCUAGCUUUUUUCAUUGUGUGUGCAGGUACAUUAGUGGAAUGAUUAAACAUGACUAAAUAAUUUUUAAUUGUAUUACUCCUAUCACUGUUAUGUACUUUGCGUUAUCAUGUGUAAAAUGCACAAGAUCCCAACAGUUCUGCCUGAACUAAAUAAAUGGAAUACAAUGA